UCCCAGCAUGCUGUGCGGCUAGCCCUGACUUCCUGUGCUGGGAUCACACAGGUACUUCCGGUCCUGUCUGCUGCAGGCCGCCGCCAUGCCGAGCUGCAUUGUGAAGGGCUGUAAGCACCACACUAGCAUGAAGUCCUCCAACCCCCUGCUCACCAUGCACGUCUUCCCGCGGGAGCUCAGCCGGAUAAAGCUUUGGCUUCAGCAGACCGGUCAGAACUUUGAUGAUAUAGACGCGUUCGCUGCCCAAAUUUUGGACGCGGCAAAAACGGGUAAAUACCGAAUCUGCUCAGCCCAUUUCGAUCCGGACUGCUACACCACAGUGGGCUGCCGGCUGGUACUGAAACACGACGCCGUACCAACAGUCUUCCCUGGGGUCUAUCCCAAGCCGUCGCCAGACGGGAAGACCUUUUCUCCACAUGCCAGAACUGCCCACAUGGGCCUGGAUGUCAUAGGGGCAUAUGCCCCAGGAUUUGAAAAUGUUGGCACGUCCAAGCUCGGCUUCCUGAGAAAAGACGCAGCAACGCAGACAAAGGCCGACAAUGAUAAGACGCGCCCGAUAUCCCUGAACACAAGUCUAAUGGAGAGAUGUAACAAACAGGAGGAGAUAUUUGAUACUAGCGGGCGCCUCAUUGGGGUCUUCACCCCGGAUUCUCACCAGAGAGAUCUGAAGGUCAGACCGGGACUCUGGACUUAUGAUUGGUCAACACAAAUACCCGAAGAGCCUUCCAGGAAACACCAAACAACGGAGAAUAAAGAGGCCCUGUCUUCUCUUGAGGAUGUUCUGUUCUCCUUAUUGAAUCACAUGGCGGAAGUUCCUCAUACCCGGCCCCAGAAACAAAGGACCAGCCGCCUGCUAAACCGGACCGCCGAGAUCAUCUCCAUCCUGACCGGAGAGGAAUGGACGGUGGUGAAGAAGAACGCACACAUCAGCAAGUUCUACCAGAUGAUCCGAGAGGUUCCCAUCAAAUGCGGGGACGUCGCCAUGUUCUUCACGAUGGAGGAGUGGGAUUACAUAGAGCAGCACGAGGACCUGUAUAAGCCGGUGAUGCUGGAGACCCCCAAGGAUGGCAAAGACACGGCAUCUCAUACUGUCGCAGGCAACAGUGAAGAGAAAAUUCCCCCAUCCCAGCAACAGCCGAUCGCCAAUGCAGACCACAACACAGACUGUAAAGUGCUCCGGAAUGUGCCAGCCAAGCAAUCCAUUACUCCCAAAAGACCGAAACCGCGCCAAUCCUCGCUCGCGGACUCGAUCGAAUACACCAAGCCCGAUUCUACCACAAGCACAGCAAAGCAAAGCAGAAGAAAGUCCCUGAAGAAGGAGGAGGAAGAGGCCGACGCUUCCUGCGCACAGAAUUCCACGGGAGACGCCCACCAGACCCGCCACACAGCUAAAGAUGAAAAAUUCAUAAAGAAGGAGGAAAAUUUGGACACUUGCAUAGCAGAAAGUUCCACCGCUGAAGUCCGUCAUAGAUGGGGCACGGGGAAUGAAUCCUACCAAUCGGAGAGCUCCGAGCUCUGGAUAGCACAAGAUGGAACCACAUCAUGCUACUUUAGACCAGAAAAAGACCCCAGACCCCCGGUGUGGACCCACAAGACAUAUUCCAGUAAAUCGCUGCCGAUCCAGUGUCCCCUCUCUUCCGAGGGACCCCCUGACAUGAAACCCAACGGCUCGGGAUCAAAGAGGGCGGCGACGGGGAACCAGCACCGGUGUGAUCAGUGUAACGAGCAUUUCCCGGAUAGAGGUCAGCUGACCGCUCACAAGAGAAUACACACCAAGAAACCAAGACGGUGACUGGAGCUGUGCGAUUCCCCCUCAGCCACACGAUGGCAGGCGCCGGAACAUCCGGUGAUAACUGACACAAGGCCGCAGAUUCCAAUUCUGCAUCAGAAUUCCUAGAGACAAUGAUUCAUAGCCAUCCUCACACCUCAGUAUAAAAUCGCAUUGGGACGCAGACUUUUGUGUCAUCCGUAUUUUCUUUUGUCUAUAAAACGGUUUAGAACCGAAAUUCAGUGAAUAAAAUCCUUAUUUGUAGUUCAAAACAAA